AUGGAUGAAGAGUGGCAGUGUCGGAAGUUUGAGAAUGGAUUGAGAGGUGAUAUCAAGUUGUUGGUUGCUGGUUUGUGUAUUAAGGAGUUUCUGGCGUUAGUGGAAAGAGCUAGAGUGAUGGAAAAGACUAAGAAAGAUGUGAAAAGUCAACAUAGUCAGCCGUUCAGGGUUGGAGGGUCAUUGGUGUCCAGGAGAAGCUUCAAAUCUAGGAGAACACCAUACUUUAUGCCUCAUUCUCAUGGGUCUAGGGGUUCCUCCUCUCAGUCAUUCAUACAUCUGGGCCAGUCUAGUUAUUCUGGGAGUGUGAGAUGUUAUAUAUGUGGAGGGUCGCAUCCUCAGUCAGCUCUUUCACAAAUGAUUAGAUACAAGAGGUGCAACAUCUGCAGGAGAGAGGGUCAUUAUGCUAGAGAUUGUCCUAUAGUCAGGAGGACGAGUUCACAGUCACACCAUGUAGGGAGAUCUCAAGCUUAUGCUUUGUCGGGAACAGAGGCGGCCAGUUCAAGACAUCCACGGUGUGUGCUAGAUGCAACAGUAGUGGAAGGGCGUCAGUUCAGAGUUAAUCUCAUCUGCUUACCUCUUCAAGGGUUGGAGGUGAUCUUAGGAAUGGAUUUGAUAUCUGUCAAUCGCAUUCUCAUAGAUUGUGGUGAGAAGAAGUUGUUGUUUCCUGAAGUAGAGGAGUUAGUGUUGCUGUCUUCGGGACAGGUGCGGCAAGAAUUGAUGGAUGGAUCUUGUUGUUUUCUUGGCUUAUCUCAUUUGGAGGUUGUCCAGAGUGAGCGGGGUUUAAAUCACUCAAUUGUGAGUGAUUUCUUGGACGAGUUUCCUGAGAAAGUACCGAGGUUGCCUCCUCAGCGGGAGGUCGAGUUCUCUAUUGAUCUGGUGCCAAGUGCAAGGCCAGUAUCAAUAGUUCCUUAUAGAAUGGCUCUAGCUAAGUUGGUGGAGUUAAAGAAGCAGAUUGAAGAGUUGCUUAAGAAAUAG